AAACCCCUCUCUCGUCUUUGAGUGAUGAAGUGCGAAACAGUAGGCCGUAUAAGUAAAACAACCGUGCUGCGUAAGCGUGAACAAUUCUAUACCUAGCUGUUUUGCCAUGGCAACCGCUUCGGCACUAGCCUAGUUUGUUUAUAUCGAUUAACUGGUGCAGUGUUGAGAAGUUUUCAUAAUUACAGUCGUUUAGAAUAUUCCGGUAAAAAAAAUCCCAUCAAUUAUGUCUCGCAACAAUCUGGUUGACCAAAAUUUGGUUAUAAUGCCACCGACACGUCCCAAAUACACACCACGUGAUUGGGAUCUGAAUAAUCACACCAAUAGCAACUUUUCACUGAACCAGCAAACGUUGGCUGAACGGAUUAUCUGCGAAAGCGAACGGCUAAUUGAUGAAACCAAAUUUACGACGGAGCUGAACAAAAACGAAUCGGACUUCCGACUGAAGGAACGAAUCGACGAUAUCAAGUUUCGACUCGAUGAGCUGAAAAAGCAGAAGAAGGAUGCUCACGUUGAGGAGGAAGCCCUGAAGGUUUACAAGCGGCGUACGAUCGAUGCCAUCAAUACACUGCGCGAAAUUGCACUGCCACUGACCCAGAAGUGUAUUAUAAUGCGAGAAAUGCGCCAGGGUGUUGACUUGGUGCUGGAUGAUGUUGAUAAAGAAUUACGGAAGGAGAUGGAUGUCAUAAACGGGGUGAUAGAAAUACUCGACAGGGUGAUGAACGAGAGCGUUGAACAGCUUAGACGAUUGCGAGCUACGAUCUAUUUACUGGAUAGAGACCUGUCCAAUAAGGAAAAAUCUAUUCAAAUCGACGAAAAAAACAUCGAACUACGUCACAACCAACUGGGAAUGCACGUGUACGACGGAACGGUUCCCCUGGACCCAUACAACAACACCGAUCCAGAGUGGAUCGCGGUUACCAACUCCAACAUCGCUAACACAGCCAAAGAGAUCAACUCUGCCCAAACUAUGCGAUCCUACAUUGACCAGCUGCUGAAGCAAGCGGUCGAAGAUAUCCGCCAGCAGGUGGAACGUACGAAUGCGUCCUUCGCAAAGCGGAUCUCCGAGAUGCGCUAUACAAAAAUAAAGCUGGAGAACAUUCACAAGGCAACGGUUCACCAGGUGAACGAACUGACGCGUAAUGUUACCAAGCUGGAGAAGGAAAUCGCCGAGAAGGAAGGCUACGUUGCGCUGGCCCAGGUGCGGAUGGCGAAUCGGGCGCACAGACCCGGCUUUGAGCUGUGCAAGGAUAACGUCUACAAUAGCUUGAAAAAGGAAAUGGCCUCACUACGGGAGACCAUUGCGAAACUCGAUCAGAUGCUGGUGCAGACCAGAGCAACACUCAGAUAUCUACUGAACACCCAGGUAAUGCAGGAGGAGGAGAUCAAUCUGAAAACGUCGUCACUCAAAAUAGACGAAGCGGAUUGCAUGACACUGAGGGAGAGUUUGAAUUUUCAAAAUUUCUAAGUAGUGUGUGGAGUUUCUUUUUAUUUGUGAAUUAAGAAAGCGAGCGUUUCUGCAACCGACAGUCUUUCGUUUUAUGGAUUAAUUUAUCUAUUGAGUUUUGGAAAAGUCAAUGCUUAGACUUUCACAUAAAACAUAAACAGUUUCAGCAGCCUAAUGAGCUCGAGUAAUUUAAUGCUUGCGUGUCGAAUUUUCUUCUCAAUUUUGUGAAUAGAUGGUUCCGUAUCGAUUACAUUUGUUGCAUUUAGGAAAUUUUUAUAAGGUUCCUAAAUUACACUAGGCUUGAAUUAGUUGGGCUAUCACUUACGACUGUACGUUACAUUGCUGAGAGUUAUCUGAGAAAAACUAUGCCUUAAAUCAUUGAUACUACAGGAAGGUAAACGAUUGUUUUGUAGGUGGAAAUGUCUCUAAACUAACGGAUUUAAAUGAAAUGGAAAUACAUUCUGUGGAACAAUAAAACACUAACUCGAAAUGACUCUCAGCAAAGCACCAUACAAUAUCUCUAAAAACGGAUGAUAUAAAAAGCUUAAUAACAUCGGUCACAACUACAAAAACGUAGUUCAAGUGUGUUCCAGUUUUUGCAAACUUCAAUGCGAAAACCGAGGCAGAGUUUGAAUAAAAAAUUUAAAAAAGAAAGUACCUCAGAAAAGAGAUAAUAUUUUCAUCGUCAAUAAUAAGGGCGACAA